AUGACCGCAGCAGCCGUCGCUCACGCCUUCGUCGCCGGCUGGAUAGUGCGUUUUGGCGUCCCCACCACCAUCACUACAGAUCGCCGACGUCAGUUCGAGUCUCGCCUAUUCGCCGACCCCAUGAAGACCCUAGGAAUAAUUCGAGUACGCACGACUGCCUACCACCCUGCAGCCAACGGGAUGGUGGAACGUUUUCAACGCCAGUUGAAAACUUCUCUCCGCGCACACCACUCACAUCGCUGGACCGAGACCUUGCCAAUGGUCCUCCUUGGUAUUCGGUCUGCACUGAAGACGGACCUCCAAUGCUCGUCGGCCGAAUUAGUGGAGGGCGCCACCCUACGUUUACCCGGCGAAUUCCUCCAAAGCUCUUCACCGCGACGCUGCACCGGUCUUCCUGACGCUCAGCAGUACGCCGAGGCCCUCUGUAACACAAUGACCAAGCUACGCCCUGUACUCCACCGGACACCUCCUGCCACCCACGUUUUCGUCAGCCAAGACCUGAAGACGUGCACCCAUGUCUUUGUGCGCCGCGAUACCCUCCGCAAGCCCCCCGAUCCUCGCUACGAUGGCCCUUACCUCGUCGUCAAGCGUAACAUAAAGGCAUACGUCGUCGACGUCGGACGCCGUCACGACAUCAUCGCUAUCGACCGGCUGAAGCCAGCCUAUAUCGAAGACCCACCGCCUCUGGCUACUGUGACCUCGUCAGCCCCUUUGCACCACCCGGUUCUCUCUGCAGCUCCAGGCGACUCCACGUGCACUGGUCAACCCACCUGGUGA